AUGAAGUUUGUGGGUCGCGACGAUCUCUUCAACUGGUUCCGCAGUGGGUUUGUCCUCUCCAAGACUGUGAUCUUCAUCUGGGGUUUAGCUUUCAGCUAUGCUUUUGUAAACAAGGGAGCGGUGAGCGUUUUGGCUGACUUCCUAAUUGAUAGGGGUAUUGAUCUACUGAAUGUUACUUUGCUGGUGACUUUGCUUGAUGCGAUAUCAGCUGUGUUAAUACCUGCUGUGAUACACGUAUCCGAGGCUUGCGCAGGUCGCUUCAACGCCAUUAUCUUCUGCACCGCGGCCUAUACUACGGGAUCGUUUCUACUAGGGGUACGCGCCCCCAUUUCGCGGCACCUCCUUCGGACGAUUUUCACAAUAGCACUUGUUGCAUUAGGCAAAGCCGGAGAAGAGCCAACUUUAAGAGAUUUUUUUGAUUAUCAGCUGAGGGAAGCGAAGAAAAAAUGUACCGAGAAUAUCGAAGGAGAAGACGAGGAAUCCGAAUCAUCGAAAGAAAAAGAAAGACCAGAAUCAGAAAAACCCUCCGGAAGCCCUGUCACAAUCAUUUAUAGGGUCUUUAAGGAAGCUAUUAAGAAGCGCAGAUUGUCAUACCCAUCUUCAAAACAUGGCUAUAACAAUGAAGGUUCAGAUGAUACAUUAGAUGAUCUCUUUUAUCGGACAGCUGACAAUGGAGAUGAGGUUCACUUGUUGCCACGUCAUCCAUCAUUUUUGUCGUUCUUGGACAAGGCAGCUAUUAAGAACAAUUCCGAUGAUGGUGGAAGCGAAGAGAGAAAUGAAAAGGAGGAUUGUACUGCUGAGCAAGUGAGGGACGUGAAGAGCCUUUAUUCCAUGAUACCCUUGGGGGUCUUCACCUUCUUAGCAUACAGUUUUGUUUCUGCUCCUAGCAACACUUACUUUGUUCUGCAAACAACCAACUUGUAUUCUUACGUUGGUAAAUUUGAUGUUCCUAUCAUGGUUUUCCCUGCACUCCAAUAUCUGGUUGCUUCUGGGGUUACAAAGAUAAUCGAAUCGCCAGGAACAAAAGAAAAGGUGAAACCAAUUUGGAAUAUGGCUUUUGGGAUGUUGUUUUCAGGAGUUUGCUAUAUUGUGGCUUUGCAAGUAGAACGUCAAAGGCUUUCUCUGGUUAAGUCUCUACGUCAUCCAGAUAAGGACAUGAUUUCCUUGAGCAUCAUGGUUUUGAUUCCUCAGUUUUUGUUGCUAGGGCUAAUGAACGGAUUUGUAGAAUGCGGACUGCAGACUUUCUCGCGUGAUCGGGUGCACUCUGAGUCAAUGAAAAAAAUUUGUGGAUCCGUUCAUUGGAAUGGUGUUGGGGAUCGCAAAAUUGGCCAGCAUUCUAUUUACAUCGAUCAUCUUUCGCAGCUGGAUCAAGGGUAAAAUAAAUGAUAGUCGCCUGGACAAGUAUUAUCUGGUGUUGGCAUUACUAAGCUUCGUGUACCUUGGGAUCUAUGUGUCCCACGCCAAGGUCAAGCUCCAGAUAAAACCCCAAUCUGUAGAACCAGAAAGGUUGCAUGAGUUGGACUUGGAAGCUGUCCUGGACCAGGUGGAUAUCAAUAGCUCGGCUAUGUAAUGUAAUGACUUGGACGUGGUAGUAUAAUUUGAUUGAUUUCAUUAUGUUCAUUAUUCUUUGUUGGUGUAUAUAUAUAUAUAUAUAUAUAGCUGAGCAAGUGUACGUGCAAUGUGUAUAUUGUGUGAGUCAAGACCAUUCUAAUAUACAAUUGCACUCUUUAUACGUCAAAUUCUAAUAUUCUUCAUAGCAUAAUGAAUUGAUCACACUAUUCAGUGAUUUUAAUUUCUUUAA